AUGUCCCAUUAUGUGCAGCAGCAGAGGUUCCAGAGAGACGGCAUGCAGUUCCAGAACCAAAACCACCUGAUGAUUCACCAGGUCCAGCAGCAUCUCAAUCAGCAGAUAGCCGGGACCAGCCUGUCAAUCCUCAGAUGCUGUCCCAGCAGACCUCCAACAUCAUGCAGCAGGUUCGCUGACCCCCUCCUCCACCCUGCACCUGAAGUGCGCUCACCCCAGCCCACACCAUCACUGCGACAACAGCUCAAUCCGUCUCCUAGGCAACCCCAGAUGUCGCCGCAUCACAUACCUCCGAACCAAUCGCCCGACCCUGGCAUGCAUGGUCAGGACUAUAAUCAAAUGACAUCGGAUUCAGUGGUGCUAUCCCAGUUACAAUCUCACAAUUCUGUGCCUCAAGAUCAGAACCCAGGCCUUGAUAUGGUGCACUCGCUUUCACCGGACAAUGAAGUGAGUCAGUUAUAACCACAGGAUCAAUUAUCGCGGUUUGUCGAAACAUUAUAGCAGGGCUUGAAAGCAACCGUAUUCAUGUGUUGAAGUGCGCUACACGAUAUAAAACCAAAACUUAAGUGUUUUCAUUAUCAUUCUUUGUACAAACAUUUAGUAAUUUAUGGAAGAUAGAAUUUGUUUCAUAAUGUAAUAUAUCCUUAAUUAUAACGAAAGAUUUUCCCCUGAUGUUGUUUAUGUGUUCUCAAACAUUGCACAAAGUGUCAAGCAGUGUGACAGUGUGAAUAGGAUGUUGUUAAAAUAAUUCAUUAAAGUUAUUUUAUAGUUAACAUUGUACAUAAAAUAUAUCUUAUCUUAUUCCACUUUCAUAUCUGUACAGAAUUUACCAGCAAUUCAAAUUAUUUGUGGUACAGUGGACUGGCUUCUUGGACUCCUUUAUUUAUUUUUUUAACAUUUUUUACCCGAUUCCAAGAGAAACCAGUGCACUAUGUAAGAACAAAUUGCUACCGUCGUAGUUAAUAUGUCGGAUAUGUUGGUAAUGUCAUGUUAAGUGCUGAUAUUGCAAAUAAUGUAAAACAAAAUAAACAUUAUUAUGACUUCAUUUGUUUUAUUUUGCGCAAUUGAUGCUGAUUGAAUGCUAGAUGAUGUACAGUAUCUGUAUAAAAUAUAAUUAAAACUGUA